GCAUCGCAGACUAAUACGGAAGUCAGAUUUUUGUUUAACUGACAGGUUUAGCAGGCCUCAGCCGUGGGGGAGGGUGUUGGGAGAGGAAGGGAAGUUUGUAGAUCUAGGCAUGUGGCCUGCUUAGGAGCGCAUUUGGCUUUUCUUAGGGAUGGCUCUUGCUCACCAGAGCCUCACAAAGAUAAUCGCUCAGGAAGUGUUUCAGCCAAUCCCGGGCGGCUUUACACUCGGAUUUGCCGGGACAGCCAAUCAGGGAUGAGCUCUUAUUAGGCGGCCAGAUCAUCAAGCCGAAGUGCCAAACCCUUUUUCUGUGAGAACUAGGAGCCUGUCCUCCAUGUUUUAUAAGUAUUGACAUUACACAGUGUUAACAAUGCAUCCACAGAGGGUUUCUUCACUUGAAACUACAUUGUUCAGCCUUUCCCCCUGACUUCUGUUGAUACAGAGUGUUCUGCAAGCCAGCCUACAGCCAGCAAAUGUUUCUGAAAGUGUUUUCUAGGCUUUGGAAUAAGUUUUUGGGAGUAGGGAUGGGGGACUGGGGGUGUGUGUAUGUGGGGGAGAGCUGUUAGACAACAUCCUGCAAUCAAUCUGUGAGGACUCUGAAUCUAGCUUUUUACUCUUGCAUGAUUUCAAUGAACUAAUGUACCUUUUAUCCUUGUUUUUAGUUUCCUUCCUCCUCCCCCCCUUUAAACAUUGUAUCAUCCUCUGCCCUCCUAUGUGAUAGAGUGCAGAGGAAAUAAAAAUCAUGUCUGUGGCUCAUGACAGCAUUCCAUAUUCAGUUGUUGGGUUGUGUUGUUGCUGUGUGUAUGUGUGUAUUUAAUAAUCCCAUGUAAUUGUUUAAAAGAAUUUCCUUUUUGAUCAAGUCCCAAUUCUGCCAGCCUGUUCUCUCUUAACUGUGGAAAAAUGAGACGGUUGCUUGAACAUUUGUUGGCUUGGCUGAAGAGGAAAUAAAAACAGAACAGGAGGUGGGAGAGGGCAUGGAUAUCUCUACUCGCUCCAAAGAUCCUGGCUCCACAGAGAGAACAGCCCAGAAAAGGAAGUUCCCCAGCCCUCCGCAUUCUUCCAAUGGCCACUCACCACAGGACACAUCAACAAGCCCUAUUAAAAAGAAAAAGAAACCCGGCUUACUGAACAAUAACAAUAAGGAGCAGUCAGAACUAAGACAUGGUCCGUUUUACUAUAUGAAGCAGCCACUCACCACAGACCCUGUUGAUGUUGUACCGCAGGAUGGACGAAAUGAUUUCUACUGCUGGGUUUGUCACCGGGAAGGCCAAGUCCUUUGCUGUGAGCUCUGUCCCCGGGUUUAUCACGCUAAGUGUCUGAGACUGACAUCGGAACCAGAGGGGGACUGGUUUUGUCCUGAAUGUGAGAAGAUUACAGUAGCAGAAUGUAUUGAAACUCAGAGUAAAGCCAUGACAAUGCUCACCAUCGAACAGUUAUCCUACCUGCUCAAGUUUGCCAUUCAGAAAAUGAAACAGCCGGGGACAGCCAGAAAUCGAGAGGAGGGGGGCGAUAUAGAGAAGGAAAGAGAUGGAGAGACACCUGCAGCCCCCCUGACCACUUGUGAAGCUUUCCUUCUGCAGACAGAUGCAUUCCAGAAGCCUGUUCCCUUGGAACAGCAUCCUGACUACGCAGAGUAUAUUUUUCAUCCCAUGGACCUUUGUACAUUGGAAAAGAAUGCUAAAAAGAAAAUGUAUGGCUGCACAGAAGCCUUCCUGGCUGAUGCAAAGUGGAUUUUGCACAACUGCAUCAUUUAUAAUGGGGGAAAUCACAAAUUGACUCAAAUAGCAAAAGUAGUCAUCAAAAUCUGUGAGCAUGAGAUGAAUGAAAUUGAAGUAUGUCCAGAGUGUUAUCUAGCUGCUUGCCAAAAACGAGAUAACUGGUUUUGUGAACCUUGUAGCAACCCACAUCCUUUGGUCUGGGCAAAACUGAAGGGCUUUCCAUUCUGGCCUGCAAAAGCUCUGAGGGAUAAAGAUGGGCAGGUUGAUGCCCGUUUCUUUGGACAACAUGACAGGGCCUGGGUUCCAAUAAAUAAUUGCUACCUCAUGUCCAAAGAAAUUCCUUUUUCUGUGAAAAAGACUAAAAGCAUUUUCAACAGUGCAAUGCAAGAGAUGGAAGUUUACGUGGAGAACAUACGCAGGAAGUUUGGGGUCUUCAAUUACUCCCCCUUCAGGACACCCUACACACCCAACAGCCAGUACCAAAUGCUGCUCGACCCCACCAAUCCCAGUGCUGGUGCUGCCAAGAUUGAUAAGCAGGAAAAGGUCAAGCUCAACUUUGACAUGACUGCCUCCCCCAAGAUCCUGAUGAGCAAGCCCAUGCUGAGUGGGGGCACCGGCCGCAGGAUCUCCUUGUCCGACAUGCCUCGAUCUCCCAUGAGUACCAACUCCUCCGUGCACACGGGCUCAGAUGUGGAGCAGGACCCUGAGAAGAAGGCCACAUCCAGUCAUUUCAGUGCAAGUGAGGAGUCCAUGGACUUCCUAGACAAGAGCACAGCUUCACCAGCCUCCACAAAGACAGGACAAGCAGGGAGUUUAUCUGGCAGCCCGAAACCAUUCUCUCCUCAAGCGUCAACACCUAGCACGACGAAGACAGACAAAACGUCCACUACUGGAAGCAUCUUGAAUCUUAACCUGGAUCGAAGCAAGGCGGAGAUGGACUUGAAGGAACUGAGUGAGUCUGUCCAGCAGCAGUCCACCCCCGUUCCACUCAUCUCUCCCAAACGCCAGAUUCGAAGCAGGUUCCAGCUAAAUCUUGACAAGACCAUAGAGAGUUGCAAAGCACAAUUAGGCAUAAAUGAAAUUUCGGAAGAUGUUUAUACGGCCGUAGAGCACAGCGAUUCGGAGGAUUCUGACAAGUCAGAUAGUAGUGAUAGUGAGUAUAUCAGUGACGAUGAGCAGAAGUCCAAGAAUGAGCCAGAAGAUGUAGAAGACAAAGAAGGUAGUCAGAUGGACAAAGAGCCAUCUGCUGUCAAAAAAAAGCCCAAACUGGCAAAUCCGGUGGAGACUAAAGAGGAGCUGAAAAGCACGUCGCCAACCAGUGAGAAAGCAGACCCAAUUUCAGUGAAAGAAAAGGCCAGUCCCCAGCCCGAGAAGGACUUUGCAGAAAAAACAAAACCCUCAACUCAUCCUACCAAGGAUAAACUGAAGGGCAAAGAUGAGAUGGAUUCCCCUACAGUACAUUUGGGCCUGGACUCUGACUCAGAGAGUGAACUGGUGAUAGAUUUAGGAGAAGACCAUUCUGGGCGGGAGGGUCGGAAAAAUAAGAAGGAACCCAAAGAACCAUCUCCCAAGCAGGAUGUUGUAGGUAAAGCUCCACCAUCCGCUACGGCAGGCAACCAGUCUCCCCCUGAAACGCCGGUCCUCACCCGCUCUUCCUCCCAAACUCCCACGGCUGGUGUCACGGCCACCACCAGCACCACGUCCACGGUCACGGCUCCGGCCGCCGCCACAGGAAGCCCAGUGAAAAAGCAGAGGCCACUUUUACCAAAGGAGACUGCCCCAGCCGUGCAGCGGGUCGUGUGGAAUUCAUCAAGUAAGUUUCAAACGUCCUCUCAAAAGUGGCACAUGCAGAAGAUGCAGCGCCAGCAGCAGCAGCAACAGCAGCAAAACCAGCAGCAGCAGCCUCAGUCUUCCCAGGGGACGAGAUAUCAGACCAGACAGGCUGUGAAAGCUGUCCAGCAGAAGGAGAUCACACAGAGCCCGUCCACCUCCACUAUUACCCUGGUGACCAGCACUCAGCCAUCAUCCCUGGUCACUAGCUCAGGGUCCACAAGCACCCUUGCAUCUUCAAUCACUGCAGACCUGCCCAUCGCCACUGCCUCAGCUGACGUCGCCGCAGACAUCGCCAAGUACACUAGCAAAAUGAUGGAUGCAAUAAAAGGAACGAUGACAGAGAUAUAUAAUGAUCUCUCGAAAAACACUACUGGAAGCACAAUAGCGGAGAUUCGAAGGCUGAGAAUCGAGAUUGAGAAGCUUCAGUGGUUGCACCAACAAGAACUCUCUGAAAUGAAACACAACUUGGAGCUGACCAUGGCUGAGAUGCGGCAGAGUCUGGAGCAGGAGCGGGAUCGCCUCAUUGCUGAGGUCAAGAAGCAGCUGGAGCUGGAGAAGCAGCAAGCAGUGGAUGAGACCAAGAAGAAGCAGUGGUGUGCCAGCUGCAAGAAGGAAGCCAUUUUCUAUUGCUGUUGGAACACUAGUUACUGUGAUUACCCGUGCCAGCAGGCCCACUGGCCAGAGCAUAUGAAGUCCUGCACUCAGUCAGCUACCGCCCCUCAGCAGGAAGCAGAUGCGGAGGUAAAUACGGAAACACUAAACAAGUCCUCCCAGGGAAGCUCCUCUAGCACGCAGGCUGCCACUCCAGAAACAACCAGCACCUCGAAAGAGAAGGAGACACCAGCUGAGAAAAGCAAGGACGGGGGCUCGACCCUUGACCUUUCUGGUUCCAGGGAGACACCUUCCUCCAUUCUCUUAGGCUCCAACCAAGGCUCUGUUAGCAACAGGUGUGACAAGCAACCUGCCUAUACCCCAACUACCACAGACCACCAGCCGCACCCCAACUACCCAGCCCAGAAGUAUCAUUCCCGGAGUAGUAAGUCCAGUUGCUGGAGCAGCAGUGAUGAAAAACGAGGAUCAACACGCUCCGAGCACAAUGCUACCACCAGUACAAAGAGUCUCCUCCCCAAAGAGUCUCGAUUGGAUACCUUCUGGGACUAGGGACACCUGAUGACACAAGCUGCCACCUAUGGAGGGAAGAUAAAAAGGAGACACAAGGAAAGUGAGAGACCGCCAAAAAGCUUGAGACACCACCUUGAGACUUGAGGAUUCCAAAUGUUCACCCCUGAACUUUGCACCCGGCGCGCAGAGGAUGACCUACACUACACUACGGCCAGCCAGCAUUAGCUUUGAACCAGGACUGUUGGGCCCAUGUGAAACCUAUGCUUUAGAUGUAAAUAGUGUACAAUUUGUGGAUGUCACAAACCUAGAGUACCUUCCCCUUUUUAUAUUUGUAUUGACUUUAACUUAUAAAAAAAAAUUAAAAAAAAAAAAAAGCCCAACAAGAAGAAUGUUUUGAUGUUGGAAGACAGUGAUGGGAUAGCCACCUGUCACAUGGCAUCUAGGAAAUACGGGGCCUGAGACCGUCGUGCACACAUGUCCUCACCCUGGGCUGCCCAGGGCACAUGAGGCAUUUUCACGGGAAUGGUGUUGGCAGCACACACAGGUCAGGAGUUUGGCCACAGAGUCUGUGCUGUCAUGGGCACGUCACAUCAAGCCAUUGCUUCUUUCCAAAUACUACAUUAUUAUGUUAUAAAAUGCAAGCUCCCUGCACCAGAAGGCCAUAGUUUAUUUUGUGUGAUUCAAAUGAUGACUUUACUCCUAAAAGGGAAAAAAAAAAAUUAAUGUCCUUUGUUUACAGAAGAGAAAUAAGAGAGAAGCCCCACUCAGCUCAGUUGUAGACGAGAAGAACGUCGAAAGCGUUAAGUCAUAAGCUCAGAAAAAAAGAGAAAUCUUUCCUUUGUGGUUCCUUUUAGCACAUUCACACACUUGGAAAGAGACACUGCUUCCUAAAGCAGGAACUCUGAGGCAGGAUGCACGCAGAGGACUGAGGAGUCUGGGAUGAAGCAUGUAUGUAUUAUUUAUAAGAUGGGAUUUUACGUUUUUAUGUAAGCAUGAAACAUAAGGCAGUGUGAGAGAAAAGCAAGACACCCGCUGUGCUGUUACACUACGUAAGCUGUAGUACCAUUUUGUAAGUUGUGUAAAACAAAAGCAUUGAACAAAAGCAAAAGGUGAUGUAUGUAUAUGAGAAAAUUAAUUGUACGAUAUCAUUCCAGUACAUUUGGUUGUACAUUUUAGUCUUGUUUACUUUCUCUUCAUUGUUGAUAAGAUACGAAUUGUACAGAUUCCAGCUAGUAACUCAUAUUAGAGAAGACCUUUAAAAAAAAAGUACUAGAAGAAAACAGGAGAGGGGGAAAAAAACACAUUUGUGAAUUGCAGUUGUCAAGAAACAAAAAGAAAAAUAGCCUAGCUGGCCUUAUUUGUGAAGCAUAAUUGCUUUUAGCAUAUGGAAGUAUUUUUUCACAUUUUCUUUGUAUAAAAUUUGUAUUAAACUUAAAUAUCUUUUUGGA